GUGAACGCACAACGCAGCCGCGGAAGUAUCGGCUUUCAUUUCAACAUGGCUUUAUGAGUGACGGCCUGAGACGAAACUGCGCUCGUGGGUUUUAUACUCUAUUUUUGACUUUUAGAAGGUGUCUAACGGUAAAAGAAGUCUAGGGAAAUCUAUUCUAGCGCUUGUUUUGUUGUAAGGUCAUGGUGAGGAGACGCUGACCAGCUCGUUCAAGUGUACAGCGUGGGCUUUGACCGUAAUGUAAAGUACUGCAGUCUAAUGCCCUCUCUCUCCAUUCCGCCUGCCAUGGACGGGCAAAGCUACUCGCAUUCAGAAGGACCUCACCUGGACACAGGAGGGUUCAUCAUGGCGCCCCCUAUGCCCCAUGUGUUCGCCAACCACCCUUGGAGCUUCACGCCUCAGAUUUGCAGCUUGCCAUGUCCCUUGCAAUCCGAUAACCAGCAACACCUGCUCAACGACACAUCAGAGAUGCUCACCGAUGCCUUUCACAACAGCUCCAAUGACUUUGACUUCUCCAGCUUUGCCUUUCCUCGGAACGGAGACUUCUUCCAGGACCUCCCCUGUCUGGACGAUCUGUCGAUCCUCUCCUCUCCAAACGACUCUUUGUCCGAAUACACAGUUUCCAGCUUCCUCAAUGCUGACGACAUGGCACCCAAUGUGCCUACAUUAUGGGACAUCAACACACCAGCAUCAGGCCAAGAGCUGAAUUCUAAUAGGUUUCAAGGUUUAAACUCUUUGGAAGACAUCACAGCCAUCAUUAAUACACCGCCCAUAGGGAGUUAUCAGAGACCCCAAACACAGCCAGAGGAGGAAGAGGAUGUAGAGGUGGAGGAAUCAGAGGAGCUGGGUCACGUCAACACAUACGCCGACUACAGGCCCUCAAAAUCCAAGAUAGGAAUAUCCCAUCCAGACCGUGUGGUUGAGACCAACACUUUAUCUAGCGUUCCUCCUCCAGAUAUCACCUACACCCUGUCCAUCCCAGAAUCCACCAUAAACAACGGCCUGCUCUCUGCCUUGCAGCUGGAGGCCAUCAUCUACGCCUGCCAGCAACAUGAAGUGAUUUUGCAGAACAACCAACGAGCCGGUUUCCUCAUAGGGGACGGAGCGGGAGUCGGGAAAGGCCGCACGGUGGCCGGCAUCAUUCUGGAAAACUUUUUAAAGGGAAGAAAAAAAGCACUGUGGUUCAGCAUCUCCAAUGACCUGAAAUAUGACGCAGAGAGAGAUCUCCAAGACAUCGGCGCACCUAAUAUACAAGUGCAUGCAUUGAAUAAGAUUAAGUACGGGGACACAGCUACCUCAGAGGGGGUCCUGUUUGCAACUUACUCGGCACUGAUCGGCGAGAGCCAGGCAGGCGGCCAGCACAGGACGCGUCUCAAACAGAUCCUAGACUGGUGUGAGCCGGGUUUUGACGGAGUUAUCAUAUUUGACGAGUGCCACAAAGCCAAAAAUGCCACGUCCACAAAAAUGGGCAAAGCCGUGCUGGAUCUGCAGAACAAGUUGCCACUGGCCAGAGUGGUUUACGCUAGUGCCACAGGCGCCUCGGAGCCAAAGAACAUGAUCUACAUGAGCCGUCUGGGGAUCUGGGGAGAGAAAACCCCUUUCAAUACGUUUGAGGAUUUCCUCCACACCAUCGAAAAGAGGGGCGUGGGGGCCAUGGAGAUUGUUGCCAUGGAUAUGAAAGUCAGCGGGAUGUACAUUGCACGUCAGCUCAGCUUCUCAGGGGUCUCGUUCCGCAUCGAAGAGAUAAACUUGGAUGACGACUUCAAACUUGUGUACAACAAAGCUGCCAAACUUUGGGCGGAAGCUCUGGCCUUGUUCAUGCAAGCAGCAGACGAGCUGUGCAUGAACUCCAGGAAGUCCUUGUGGGGUCAGUUUUGGUCAUCUCACCAGCGUUUCUUUAAAUAUCUCUGCAUUGCCGCCAAGGUACGAUGCCUGGUGGAGUUGGCUAAAAAAGAGCUGGAGGCUGGAAAGUGUGUCGUGAUCGGGCUCCAGUCAACUGGCGAGGCUCGAACGAGAGAAGUCCUCGACGAGAACGACGGACACUUGGACAGAUUCGUUUCCGCUGCCGAGGGUGUGUUUCAAUCUCUGGUCGUCAAACACUUCCCGUCAGAGAAGCAGAGGGGAGAAAAGGGGGCUGGAAACAAGAGGAAACUUAAACCACGCGGCAGGCAGCCCAAGCAACCCAGACACGGCACUGACGUCGCGGGGGUGAUUAACAUCAGCGACGACAGCAGCACAGAGUCUGACCCCAUGGACAGUGACUCCAACUCAUCGCCCGACUCGAUUCAGGACAACAACGAUGAUGUCAUCUUUGUCAAUCAAACUAGUUAUCAAAUGGCACGGUUAGAAGAGAUGAAACAAGGGCUUCUCAAUAAGAUCGCUGAGCUCGGAAAAGAACUACCUCUUAACACGCUGGAUGAGCUCAUAGAUAAAUUCGGAGGCCCAGAAAAAGUAUCAGAGAUGACUGGGAGAAAAGGCAGAGUGGUGCAUCAGCCUGAUGACAGCGUACGGUACGAGUCCCGCGCCGAGCAGGGCCACACCAUCGACCAAAUUAACAUCAAAGAGAAAGAUCGCUUCAUGAAUGGAGAGAAGUUGGUGGCCAUCAUAUCAGAAGCGGCCAGUUCAGGCAUCUCGCUUCAGGCCGACAGAAGAAUAAAGAAUCAGCGUCGGAGAGUUCACAUGACCUUGGAGCUGCCCUGGAGCGCAGACAGGGCCAUCCAACAGUUUGGUCGCACUCAUCGUUCCAACCAGGUCACAGCACCGGAGUACAUCUUCCUCAUAUCCGAACUGGCGGGCGAGAGGCGCUUCGCAUCCAUAGUGGCAAAGAGGCUGGAGAGUCUGGGAGCUCUGACUCAUGGUGACAGGAGAGCCACCGAGUCUAGAGAUCUGAGCAAAUACAACUUUGAAAAUAAAUAUGGCACCAAAGCGCUAGAUAAGAUAACCAAAGCCAUCCUUGGUCAGAUUGAAAGCAAGGUACCCCCUCCAAAGGACUAUCCUGGUGGUGAUGCCACGUUUUUCAGAGACAUGAAACAUGGUAUGAUGAACGUAGGCAUGCUCUGCACUCAGUCACGCUUGGGCAUCAAUACUGAGAAAGACUGCAACAUCACCAAGUUCCUGAACCGGAUCCUUGGCCUGGAGGUGCAUAAACAGAACUCCCUUUUCCAGUAUUUCAUCGACAACUUUGACUACUUGAUUGAGAAGGACAAAAAAGAGGGGAAAUAUGACAUGGGGAUAUUAGAUCUUGCUCCAGGUAAUGAUCAGAUCUAUGAGGAGACGCAAGAGAAGUUCCUGACCGCUGGAAACCCUCAAGAUGGACAAGUUAUUCUUUAUAAGAUAAGUGUAGACAGAGGUAUGCCAUGGUCGGAGGCCCUCGAGAAGGUCCAGACACUCAGCAACCCGGACGAAGGCUUCUACUUAUCCCAUAAAUUUAGAGGUAACCACCCGUGCGUGCUGCUGGCCGUGCAGGGCCGAGAGCGCACGAUGACCAUCUACAAACCAAACAUUGGCAAGCAGGCCCAAAUGGAAAGCCUUGAUAACCUUCAGAAAAAAUAUCGCAAGGUCACUGCAGAUGAGGCUAAAGAAAGCUGGGAAAAUCAGUUUAUGUUCUCCUUCAGGAAGUGUAGCCACGCUAACUGGAAUGGAAGGUGUAAAAAGGUUGAAGAGGGCCAGGAGUGUUUGAUGGGCACUCGGUUGCGUCAGUACCACAUGUUGUGCGGUGCUCUGUUGCGUGUUUGGAAGCGGGUGUCCGAAGUGGUGGCUGACAUCACCAGCUCCAGCAUUCUACAGAUCGUCCGCCUCAAGACGAAAGACAGCAACAAACAAGUUGGUAUUAAAAUCCCUGAGACCUGCGUGUUGAAGGUACGUCAGGAGCUGAUAAGGAUGGACAGCGAGGUGAAGCAGCGCCGGAGAGAGAAGGAACAGCAAGCGCAGGAGGAGCGUCAGGCCCGGGAGCACCAAAGGUUCAUGGAGCACCAAAGGCUCGUGGAGCAACAACAGUUCCUGUCGAAUUUAGUCACAGUGCAAGCUCCUAGCCUGGCCACCCUGUCCACCCCAUACUCCAUCUCCUACCCCUCCUUUACAUCUCAAAAAAAUCCUCUGGAGGAGAUCCUGGACCUGACGGUUUACAACACCGCGACCUCCACACAAGGUGUGCACAAUCUCUCCGCACCAUCCAGAUCCACGGUGAACGAUUUUAACCUCGAAGCGUUUUUCCAAGAGGAACAGCAGUCGCAGCGGGACAGCCAGUCCGUGCAGGAGAGCAAUCCAGCACAGGAGGAAGAACUGCAAGACGUGUUGUUCUCCUUAAACUUCCUAAGCCAGAGCGUCCCUCCCACUUCCUCUUCGGAAACACAAACGACAGAACCUGUGAUGUCAUCGAGUCCAUCGGCAUCCCUCUUCACGCCCACACUCACGCCUUCCUCCUCUUCUUCAUCGCUGUCCCUCGCCUCCCUCUCCCCCACGGACCAGCACAUGCCGUUACCCAACAACCACUGCAGCGCCGAAGCUCUUAUUAACGUACGGGAGGUGUUGAACAACAUGUUUCGUAGCGACCCUCGCAAGUCCGUCAUUUAUUACCCUCUACCCGAGAGAGACCCUCCGGUCUGACGCUCCUGUGAAAACACACUCAGGGCUGUAGUCUCACCACUGCCAAUGUUCUGCUUAUCCACCGAUGGCUUUGGUUUCACAAGCUUGAGGUUUUCUUCAAGACAUAGUAUGUUUUGACUGGUUUGGGAGUAUCCAUACCAUCCAUAGACCAGCAUGAAUUUCUGUGCUAGUGGAUCUUAGCUGAGUUGUUUCGUCAGGGGUCUCAAUCUGAUAUCCAAAGGUCUUCUCAAACAUCUUGAGGGUUUUUUUUCACUUAUUACACAGUUUGUCCUACAAAAAGCUUAAAGUGCGCUUUAGAAUAUCAGAACAUUCUUUAACGUUCUUUGCGUAGUUGUACAUUUUAUACACUGGUACAUCAUUGCUUUUUAAAGGGCCAAAACAUUUUGGGUCAAUGAGAAGAUAUUUCAGGUCGGACAAAGUCCCAUCAAACUGAAUAUUUAGCUUAAGCUCCCCCUGCUGACAAAGCAAACCUUAAACCAAAAUGUUGUUCUGCGUUAAACAAUCUUUUGAUUUACAGUUCUUUUUAAACCUCUGUCAGAUAAACACUUUUUUUGAGAAGUGAGAGAACAGGUUACUGUUGACGGGCCUUUGGAACACACAAUGGAAUGUAGAUAUUUCGACACAUUUUAUCUGCGGUUGUAUGUUUGUUUGUAUUUAUUGCCAUUAUUUAUCAGCCCUCGAAAAUGUGUGCUUGUAGGAAAUCGAAACAGUGUAAAACAAUAUACUGGCUUAUUCAUUGGUUGGCAUCAAAACAUCACAAUGGGUCCCUGUAGUAUUUUUGUGCCCUUAACAUUUUUUAUAAUCUUUUUACAUCCCGGUACAGACAAAAAAAUAUCCGAUUUUGGAGUUUGAUUCGAUGUGAAAUUCAUCCUGGUUGAAGCUGAAAAAAAAGCUAGUUGAGCACUUUUAAGCCCCAUUUGUGCUAGUAAUUUUUUUUCAUUUGUUGUGUUCAAGAAACACCAACAGAAUAUCACAAACGUUUAUAUAACCUGUAUUACUUUUAUUUGAAUUAUUGUUUUAUUUAAUUUUAAAGGGAUGACUUUAAAUAUUAUAGUUACUAUUUUAUGUUUAUUGAUACUAAAUACGAAUUUAAACGGACAGUCUGGUAAACAAAAAAAGGCAGACUGACAAUAAUAUCAUAGCUUGUUAAAAACACAACUUUGUUCUGAACUGCUGUGCCGGGUGGUGGAAUAUUUAGCUUUUUCCUACUGUCUUCAUUCUUUAUGCAAAUGAAACUGAAACCCAAAUGUGCACGUAAAGAGUUUACUGGCGUGAUGGUCUAUCUCAGGAUAAAAUCUAUAAACAUUCAAAGAUUCAGUUUUUAUACCUUAAACGAACAUCAUUUUAUUGUCUGUGUUGAGGUUCGUCUUAUUUGUGAAAUGCUUUUUUGUCGACAGAUCAAAUAUUAUUUAUUUAUCCAUUAUUGCUUAUUCUGUGCACAAAUUUCUUAUUCUUUUAGUUUCGGUCACCUCAAUGUUGACAGAUUUGUCCAUUUACAUUUGCACUUUUUGGUGUGAAAUUACCCCUGCAUGUAUUUAUAUUACACACACUUCAAAUAUAACGUAGGGCCUAUGUACGUAACGUCUGUAUGUAUGUUUUAUUGCCUUCCCAAAACAGCCAUUGAUAAAAAGUAACACACGACACAUUUUUCUGUUAUGUACUCUUAACAAAGCGUCUUAUGCAAAGAUGAAAGCACUAUACAAAGAGGCUAUGUAAAAGCGACAAAGUAAAAUUCAAGCUCUGUUACUAACCAAAACUGUGUAUGAUUUGCACUAAAAACAGCAUAAAUAAGUUCAUCUGUUCUGUGACAUUAGUGCUGUCGUGUUUGUUUGCUCCAGGGCUAUGUGGGAAUGCGUUUAAUACUGUAAACAUCUCGAUUCAUUGCCUUCGCUUUUAUACUGUACAAGUAUGGCUUUUAUGUAAUUUAUUGCUUAGAAUAAAACAUGCUACUGACUGUAUGUAUCUUGAAAUGUUUUUUUCUGUUUUAUUUUUCUGUUGGCACUUUUGUUGUUGUUUAUCCCUUUUGUCAUUUUCUAUAUUUAUAAUUUAGAUCCAAUUGUAUAUAUUGUAAAAACAAAUUGUGCCUUUCAACUGUUUCUUAAAGAAAUUGUUUUCUACCUGUAUGUAACGAAAGGAACGUAUUGCGAAGUUUGUUCUUAACAAAGCAACAAAUAAAAUGUUCAGAUUCGUGAGUUUCUGACCAUA